AUGGUCAAGACCAAGUCGCAGUUUAAGAGCCGCAGUAUCGCCAACAACGUCGAGAUUGUCAUCCCAGUGCCGCCAGAUGUCGACAGCCCGUCGUUCAAGUGCAGCAUCGGCAGCGUCACGUACGUGCCCGACAGAGAUGCGAUUGUGUGGACCAUCAAACAGUUCAACGGCAGCCGCGAAUACCUCAUGCGUGCGCAUUUCGGGUUGCCGUCCAUCUCCAACACCAACACGGCGGCAACGGACGAGUGGAAGGCACCGAUCCAGGUGAAGUUUGAGAUUCCGUACUUUACCGUGUCGGGGAUCCAAGUUCGGUACCUCAAGAUCAUUGAAAAGUCGGGGUAUCAGGCGCUGCCGUGGGUGCGCUACAUCACGCAAAACGGAGACUACCAGCUACGCAUGUCGUAA